CGUGGAUUAUUCUGUGCCACCUCACCGAUAUGCGUACGCGGCUAAUAUACGGCCCGAUGUUCGCGGUUACAUUAGCCGUGAUCACACUUGUGAUACACAAUGGUGUGUAUGCAAGUUUUAGUCAGAAAACCAGUGGUGUGUUCUCGAGGAGUGGCGCUUUAGUGGCGCCGCAUCCCUCGACUAUCGCAAAGCUCAGGUUGCUUGAUGCGUUAAGUCAACCGCCAAAGGACCCAAAUGCAACUGAGGAUGAGUCUAAGGUAGCAGAAAAAUCACCUGAAGCUUCAACUAAUGCCCCGGAAAAACCCGCUGAAACCUCAGAACCCACGGUGUCGAAUCAGACUGCUGCUAGUUCAGAGCCAGAUCAAAACAGUGUGGAUGCAUCGGCACAGAAUGCUGAUCAGUUUGGUGGGUUUAGCGACAAUUUGUCCAUGCCUAAUGGCGAAGCAUGGCAAGGUGUCAGUGACUCCCCUCUUCAAGAGCACGCUGCAGCUACGAACACAGCCAAUCUCGCCGUUCUAGAAAAAUGCAUCGGCAUUGAAGGAUUCUCUCAACCUUUCACUAACGGCAUUAGUGAUGAAUUCCAUUUGCUAUUGCAAAGCAGAAAAACUGCAAGCAUGGUCGAUGCAUACAUGUCCUAUGCACUGAAGCUAGAGGCCAUCGAAAAGGAGUCUUACAAACGAAGAGUUAAGCUAGUAGAAGAGAAAAGCGAUGCCAUUGGCUUUGUCGAUUUUAGCGAACGUCAGCGCGGAAGCCUCAUGCCAGAAGUGAACAAGGAAGCCAUGAAGGUCGCAGGAGUGACAUCACUGUUGCAACUUGGUGAGUAUGCUGGACCCACACCCACGUCGAAGAGCGCUAACACAGCAAAGGCCGACGCCAUCCAAGCAAACCAAACCAAAAUCACCACAUCAGGAAAUGGACAGCAAACGACUACCGAAGAACCCAUUACAUGGAAACGCAAUGGCGCAGUACAAGAGGCAAUAUUGAGCAAGGCUCUUCUGCUACUAGGCGGUGAUUCCGAGCCUGAAACCUAUAAAAGAUUGACGAACAUGGCCACUGCAUUGGGAUACCACACCGCCGAAGGCAAAGAUAAGACCCCGAAGAAGAAGACGGUCGCACUAAGUUUGGGUAUGGAACUAUUUUGCGUUUGCGGCAACAACCCAUUCUUGCUAGGUCACCUCGCUACAAACAUGUUGGCUUAUACCCAAUACAACAUGUUUUUUGCAGGCGGUUCAGGACGCCCAUUCUACACAUGGCUUGAUCUUGUGUCAUCAGGUAAUCUGGACAUGUUGGACCGCAUGUGUGGUACUAAGCGUGGACCCAAGUACAAAAGGAGCUCUGAUGGUUCAGUCACGGUCAACAAAAAACGCAGAAGGAAGGAUGAUCCCGACCUUGAUGCUGACGGUGUAUUCUUAUGCAACCUUUUGGAAAUCCUGCUUAUCUCUAUUGACGCAUCUAUUGACGACAUGGGUCAGCUGCUCAGCAAGCAUGGUGUGCCAUACGAACAUCACAUCGGCCCCGUUGCCAACGGGCGUAGGAUGCAGUCCGUACUAUGUUCUAACAAGAAAGAUGCUGCUAUUUCUGUACGUUGCGAUUUUGUUUCAAGCACACUUAAUACUACCAAGAUAUUCGAAGGAAAGUCGAAGGACGAAGGGACAGAUCUCUGGAUGCGUUUGAGAGAAGCUUUUGAUUUCUUCAAGCUACUCAGCGAUGUAAACCUCGACACCGAGCAGAGAACCACGUGGAUGCAAAUGAUUUCUGACCCUAGGAAAUACACGUCCAUCCUAGAGUAUGCGAUAAAAUUUGACAACAAGAUGUUCACAGGAAAGAAAAGAACAUGGAUGCUUGCAUACAAAAGCGUUGAAAGCAAGGUCACACCAGGAUUGGAUAACGUAAACCUGGAUAUACACUCUGCCAUAUCGAUGCUGGAUAGCAAGGCUGCCAACAAUUCUAAAAAGAAUCACCCACUGAAACGAGCCCUCCUAUACAUGUCAGCGUCGGGAAUCAAGCAAUGGGUUGUUAACAACCUUGAAAACUUGCAUGAAAGAUUUGGUUUCCCACCAUCCGCAUUACUGGGAGGCAAUUUAGCUCCAUACUUUAGACAGGUCGCACAAAGCACCAGUGGAGGUUUGGGACACAUUGUAUUGUACCAUAUGUUAACAUCACAAAACCCUGCAUACGAGCUAAUCGCAGAUAUGAAUGGUUUCAGGGGAGGUAACAUGUUGUACAACAUUGUGGAAUCGUCUAACAUGUUUAUCCCAGCCAGUCUUAAACGCGGCAUCAAAUGGAUGCUCAAAGGUGGGUUAGCACAGGAAUUCAGACGCGAGAAGGCCAAACACACACUUUUGCAAUUGCUACCAGUGGAGCUCCUGAGGAAGGCAAUCAGCUGCAUCACAUUUGUAACACACUCUCUAGCAGACAUCCAGAUCAAUCAGAAUGCUGAAGUAUUUGGCCGCGGUUUACUAGCUGACAAAGAUAGGAUCAAGAAACACUUCGUUGCUGGAGGCUACAUCAACCAUGUCGAUAGCAUCAUAAAGGAAUGGUCCGAUGAAGGUUAUACCGACGCUAUUGCUAAGAAAGUUAAACAAGGAGAGGACCUCAACAAGGAAGACAUGGAAGAUGCAAACAUACACAACAUUGUCCAUACUGAGUCGCUUAGAUGGGAGAAACACUUAAACUCGUUGAUUUUGGACGGUUACAAUGCAUUCCUCGAUUUACCCUCAAUCAAGGUACUCGAUGGCAGGCACUCAUUGAUAUAUGAAAUCGUCAAGGACAGUAGGGACAAUCUUGAACAACACCUAGAUGAAACUAUUUUCUUCGGACGCGUUGUUAACCCACCCGAAUACAACAACAAGUGGAAACGUGCGUUUGACAGGGCUGCCAAGGUAACCAAGUCAAUAUUAAACAGAACGCAGCACAAGGUCGAACAUGCGGUGUGGUUUGGUGUCAAGCUUAACUACCAACACAUAAUUGAAGUGGUCGAGGAGCUCAACCGAAUAUCCAACGUAAUAUCGCCGACAGAAUCAUACAAUUUACAGGAAGCUUUUGGCCACAUCAUCGAUGACGCAGUCGCAGUUGUAUCCAAUGACGAAUUCAGGAGACCUUCUUCUACACAAGAAAAUCUAGGUAUACCAGGAAUAAACCCUCUCUACACAAGAAUGGCACCGGAUGAACGUAAACUCGAGUUCCAACAAGGUAUGUGUGGACAACACUGUGGAGCCAUAUGGAGAGCACUUUUGGCAUUUACCAUGAACGCCUUACGAAGUCCAGCGUCUAUCAAGACCUUUGAAAAUACACUACGUCAGGGUACAUCGCUCAAAGAUAUGGAAAAGCCAGAAUUUGUCAACUCUCUAAGAUUCAUUCUCAAGGGCGAUGCAAUGUUGCAUAUGUAUGAUAGCAUGUUACCAAGGAAGAUGAAGCGCGAGCUCAGAGCAAUCAAGUACGGUAAAGCAUUCUACUUUGCAAACAUCAUGAAAAUGGCCUCUACACUUCUAGGCAUGAUAGGUUUCAGGUACACAUCUAACAUGCUACGGAUCCAGGCACCGUAUUUCGGUAACAUGAUUGUUAGAUGGGAUCGCGAAAGAGAAAAGUCCAGAUCAAAGGCUAUAUUUUCAUACCUUUCUAUCGGUACCAUGGCCACCUACUCCAUAUUACAGUGCGCUGAUAUUGCCCAGCAUGCGGCAGACGUUGGUGUUGGUCCCGCAGAAUCUUGCUUCAUUAUGGUCAAGCCCCCGGCUCUACACUGCGUGUUGAAACCCGUGGAAACCCUCAUGAAAUCAGCAUUGACCAUCGGUGUUCAGGAUACACUUGCAGUCACUGUACUGGGACUUAUUGGACCAUACUUCUUUUUACCCAUGAUGGCUUAUGCCUCAUGGAACAUCUUAAAACACCACUUCAAGGUGUUACAUCGUCUAGAUAUCGCGUUAUCCGGAACUUUCAAACGCAUGUGGAGCAAGAUUUCCUCAUUAUCAGUAACUAAGAAACUCACGUCAUGGUUCCACAAACGUCGUGAAUAUCGCAAGGAAAUAGAAUCUAAGGGCUUAAUGGCCAUGAAGAACAGGCAGUCGGCAAGCGGUGAAAAGACCCAAGGUGGCGUCGCUGUCGAUGAAGAAAUGCUAAAGAAGGAUGACAAUUUCUCAUACACAGUUUUUAGCUGAUGGCAGUGCCAUCAUUGUCAUAGCCAUCCGUGAUGGCAGGUUGAACAUUUGUAAUGUUUACCCACAUUUU